AUGGCGACCAAGAGGAGCGUGAGUACUUUGAAGGAGGCUGAGUUGAAGGGGAAGAGAGUGUUUGUGAGGGUUGAUCUGAAUGUUCCUUUGGAUGACAACUCCAAAAUCACUGAUGAUACUAGAGUCCGUGCUGCUGUGCCCACCAUCAAGUACUUGCAGGGCCAUGGUGCCAAAGUCAUCCUCGCUUCUCACUUGGGACGUCCCAAGGGAGUCACUCCCAAGUACAGUUUGAAACCUCUUGUGCCAAGGCUGUCUGAGCUCCUUGGAGUUGAGGUUAAGAUUGCCAAUGACUGUAUAGGCGAGGAAGUUGAAAAAUUGGUUGCUGAACUUCCAGAGGGAGGAGUUUUGCUUCUUGAGAAUGUUAGGUUCUACAAGGAGGAAGAGAAGAAUGACCCUGAAUUUUCCAAGAAGCUUGCUUCACUUGCAGAUGUUUAUGUGAAUGAUGCUUUUGGUACUGCUCAUAGGGCUCAUGCAUCAACUGAGGGAGUGGCCAAGUUCUUAAAGCCUUCCGUUGCUGGAUUCCUUAUGCAGAAGGAACUCGAUUAUCUUGUUGGUGCUGUGGGAAAUCCUAAGAGGCCAUUUGCUGCUAUUGUUGGUGGUUCAAAGGUGUCAUCCAAGAUUGGAGUGAUAGAAUCCUUGUUGGAGAAGGUUAACAUUCUCUUGCUAGGUGGAGGAAUGAUCUUUACUUUCUACAAGGCCCAAGGUUAUUCAGUUGGAUCAUCCCUUGUGGAGGAAGACAAGCUUGAUCUUGCAAAAUCACUUCUUGAGAAGGCCAAGGCUAAGGGGGUUUCUAUUCUGCUCCCAACUGAUGUAGUCAUUGCUGACAAGUUUGCUGCUGAUGCAAACAGCAAGGUUGUGCCAGCGUCUGCUAUUCCAGAUGGUUGGAUGGGAUUGGAUAUCGGACCAGACUCGAUCAAAACUUUCAGUGAAGCUCUGGUUACCACUCAAACCAUUAUUUGGAAUGGACCUAUGGGUGUUUUUGAGUUCGAAAAGUUUGCUGCUGGGACUGAGGCAAUAGCUAAGAAGCUUGCAGAGCUCAGCGACAAGGGGGUGACAACAAUCAUUGGAGGUGGUGACUCAGUUGCAGCUGUAGAGAAGGCUGGGCUUGCUGAGAAGAUGAGCCACAUCUCGACUGGAGGUGGUGCAAGCUUAGAGCUUCUCGAAGGGAAAUCACUCCCCGGAGUCCUCGCACUUGACGAUGCUUGA